AUGACUCAAGAAAACAACAACAACAACAAUAAUGACGUUGAGAUUGAGCUCGCUCCAACAUCAUAUGCCGAUGAUAAUGCUCGCGAAAUGUCCAGGACCAACUCUGAUGACGAUAUUAAGAUUGUAGAGUCUGGUAACUUGGCCUCAACAUCCACAACUACCACCACCACAACCACCACCAGCUCCGCCAACAAGGAGACCAAGAAGUUUGACGACACUCCACUGCCACCCAAGCGUUCUCGCUUGAAUCCCAAGUUCUACUCUGUCGACCAUGUCAACGAGACCCGUCUCAUUGCUGCCUCAAUGUUCUACAAGUUCUCCUUUGAGACUCUCUCCCCGGCACUCUCUCUCAUCGUCCUCACUCGUUUCGAGUCAUCUGGCAACUCUGUCACCCUCCUGGCCGUCAUGAACAUCGUCUACUUCCUUAUGCAGUCUGUUGGAAGUAUCCUUGUUGGACCAUUCAUUAGAAAGUUUAGACCAUCUCGUGUCACCUCCAUGGUGUUCUUGAUGAUGUUUGCCAUCACUGCCUUCUUGCUCGUGCUUGAGGCUGGAUACAAGGGUACCGUCGAUAAGCUUGGAAACUGGGACCGCUGGUUGGUCACUCCAGUCUACAUUGUGAUGGGUCUCGGCGUCGGAAUGGUUGAAGUCAGCCGCAAGCUCGUCCCAAGACAGAUCCUUGGCAACAACCCCAACGGACUCGCCAAGAUCAACGGUCUGGUUCACAUCUUCUACGAGGUCUGCGGCACUGCCGGCGCCUUCCUCUCCACCGUCCUCAUCCAGAAGCUCGGCGCCGUCUACGCAAUGGUGCUCAUGCCUCCAUUCUUCCUGGUUGCCGCCGUCAUCAUGUUCACCAUCACCGAGCCAUUCCCACGUGCCAAGGAGGCUAUCAAGGCCGAGGCUUCCAAGAUGGUGCACCCAGUGCUCUCUGUUCUCAUCUCGAUCAAGUCCGAGACCGCCAACUACUUCAAGACCAUCGGUCGUGGUGCUGCCCUCAUCUGCAACAAAGACUUCUGGUGGAUCAUCCCAACCUACGUCGUGCCCCAGGUGCUUCACCGUGUGCUCGAGAACAUCCUCUUCCCAGUGUUUGCCAAGAAGGUCCUCAAGGACGGCUCUCUGUCUGGUAUCCUCACUGGAGGCUCCAACUUUGGAGAGUUGCUGGGCGCCCUCACCGUCGUCAAGUUUGGCAAGUACGUCAAGAACCCAAUGUGGUGGGUCCGUAUCGAUGGUCUGUGCUGCUCGAUCGUCUGGGUCCUCGUCUACCCACCAGCUGGCGUGCCAAUCCGUGUUGCCGCCACCCUCAUCCCAUGCUGGAUCGCUGUCUCCUCAUCGUGGGCCGCCGGUGACAUCUCACUGCUCUCCUUCUUGCAGUCCUCAUUCCCAUUGACCAGUGCCAACGACGACCAAGUCAAGCAAGACCGUCUCGAGGAGCUGUCGCUCGACACCGACGAUGUCUCUGACAUUGACGACAUUGAGGAGAUCAACGAAGACAACAACAACAACAAUGGACAAGUCAAGUACGCCACCAAGGCCGACGAGAUUAUCGAUGAGGAUGACCCCGCCGAGGGAUCGCCAUUGGCCAGUGUCAUUGGAUUCCUGUUCACAUGCUAUGCGGUCAUCAUCUCUGGUCUUACCUUUGGACUUGGUCGUGUCAUGGACAACUAUGCCUCGCAGAACAAUCUCCAGCAAGGAUUCUUCUGGAUUGCUGGUGUUGGAUUCACUGCCGCAGGUUUCAUUGCCAUCUCUGCAUCAUUCCUUGCCAAGUCACCAAAGUUCAAGUAA